AUGACUGAGAUAUCAAAGAAAAUUCUGAUCACUGGCGGCACGGGGUUUGUAGGCUCCGCCAUAGCGCGAGCUCUUGCAGAAAAACACCCGAGAUGUACCAUCACCGUCAUCGACGCAAGUCCUCCAAGAAGCGAAAAUGUGCUCCCAAAAGGGAUUUCAUGCAUGCAAGUGGAUAUCACUUCAGUUGCGGCAUCGAGAAAGGCGUUUGAGACAGUAAGCCCAGAUGUUGUUGUCCACACUGCCGGCAUCAUCCCUGGCGUAGCUGAGCGGUUCCGCCGCAGACUUGAACCCGAGACAUGGAAGACCAACGUUGAAGGCACACGCAAUAUGCUCAACGAAGCUAAGCAGGCUGGUGUUGAAGCCUUUGUUUACACGAGCUCUUGCUGUGUGGUGACUGAUUAUACGGACAAUCCAUAUCCCAACAUUGACGAAAACUGGCCUUCAUCACCUAAGUCGACCAUUUAUGGAGAGUCUAAGGCUGCUGCAGAAGCGCUCGUCCUCGAGGCCUCGAGCAGUAGGAUGGCUACAUGUGCCCUUCGGCCAUCGGUACUUUGCGGACCAGGGGACUACCAGCUGUUGCCAUCUAUCCAUGCAUGCAUCGCCAAGCACGAAACUCCCUUUCUAAUCGGCGAUGGUCUCAAUUUGUGGGACAUCACAUAUGUUGACAAUGUUGCCGACGCGCAUGUUCUGGCAAUAGAGAAUCUGCUCUCAUCUCGCACAGCAACUGGUGAAGCCUUCUUCAUUCAAAACAACGAGCCUAUCACAUUUCGAGACUUCUGCCUAGCAAUUUGGGCGCAUUUUGGGCAUGUGCCACUCUUUGAAAUGCGUAUCCCGGAGAAUUUAGCCUAUGUCAUUGGAUUGGCAUGUGAGAGUGUCACCUGGGUGAUGGGAACUACGACAACUUUGAGCCGUGGAAGUGUCCGAGAUGCAUGUGCCGUUAGAUAUGCUAGUGGCAAAAAAGCUCGGGAAAUUUUGGGGUACGAGGCCCGCAUUGGUAUUGAAGAAGCCAUCCGUUUAAGUUGCGAGGACUAUGCUUCUUGUCUCAAGGUCUCAAAAUGA